AUGUCGGACAAAGGUCGUCCCUUGCCGAAGUUUGGUGAAUGGGAUGUGAAUGAUCCAGCAUCAGCAGAAGGUUUCACAGUGAUAUUCAACAAAGCUAGGGAUGAGAAGAAAACCGGUGGCAAACCCGGAUCACCCGGUAAAUCCACUGAGGGUAAUGUUAAGUCUGGAGGAGAUCCUAGUAAACCUCAGCCUAAAAAAUGGCUCUGCUGCAUGCAAUCUCCGGCUGUGGACUCUUGA